AUGGUGUACGUUUCUCUCACCGGCGCCAACAUGGGUACUGUUGCCGUCGAGAGUUUCCUUUACGGCAUCUUCCUGCUGCUCUCGUCGACCUACAUCUACCUGCAUACGAAUCGGGUGUCCAACGAGAGCGUAACGUUCGAUGCCCGGUGGCGAAAGUUCCUCACGCCGCUCUUCAUGUCGGCAAUCCUCAUCACAACGACAGCAACGGCACACUGGAUUCUUACUGUCGUUCGUUUCUUCCAAGCUUUUGUCCUCUUCGAAGGUGGCGCGGCGCCAGAGCUUUUCUAUGCCGAUCUCUCUCAGACGACCGAGGUGGUCAAGACGGCUUUCCUGAUCUCGACCCUCAUCAUCUCCGACAUCAUGUUUGCAUAUCGUCUGUGGAUUGUCUGGAGUUACAACUUCUGGGUUGUCAUGGUCCCUGCUCUGGCUGUGACAGGACUAUGUGUAUCCGGCAUUGGCAUCGUCUAUGAGCUCACCCGCUUGUCGACUGCGGACACUGUCUUUGUGAGCCAGGCUGCACACUGGAUCACGGCGGAUUAUUCCUUCACCUUCAUUACGAACGUGUACAGCUCUUGCUUGAUAGCAUGGAAGGUGUGGCGGUCAAGCCGGAAGGCGAGUGCGUAUGGUGGAGGCCAGUUGAUGCGAGUCCUCGCUACGAUCGUUGAGAGCGCCGGGACUUACACGCUCUACGUCAUCGUUUUCUUCGCCGCCUAUGAGUCAGGGUCGAACUUGCAAUACCCAUUCGUGGACACGCUCUGCCAGGUAGCUGCCAUCGCAUUCAUGAUGAUCAACGUCCGCGUCGGCCUGGGGUGGGCACAGAAGGCACAUCAGACUCACAGCACGUCGUCGAACAUCAUCCCAUCGCGGCGUAACGGCGACCAGUCUUUCAUCAUGCGUCCAGUGGCCGUCGACAUCACACGGGUGGUGCAAAAGGAGGACGACAUGGGCCAGCCAAUCAAGCGAGCAUCCAGCGACUACAGCUCCUCACCCGUAUAA